AUGGAGAUGGACGACGACCCAGACCCGGAGAUGCAGACUGGAACACCGGGCCACCCAAUUAGUAUCUCAAGCGGUUCCCCAUUUCAGGGAUCACCGUACCGUGGGCCCGAUUCAUUUCAAGAGAGGAUGGCCACUUAUGAUUGGUGCUUUACUCCUUCGUACCAUAGUUCUCCAGCUCAACUAACUUUGAUUGAGCCCCAACUUCAAGCGGUUUCACCUCCACCACUUCCUGUUGAGGAGCCGCCUCAACAGCCACCUCAGCCACCUCACGAGCCUCCGAGGCGAAGGAGGAACGCACGUAUAUCCGUGCGAGGAGGACCUCGUUUUAGUUCUCCUCAAGAUUCGAGUUCUUAUCCUCCUAUUCCCGAGGACCCCCAAGUGGGUGGACCCUCGAAUGCGGUGUCAGAGAACGAUCCUCCACCAGCUUCUUAUGCACCACCACCACCGCCUAUGGGUUUCGACAACCCGAUCUUGACUUACCCAGGUUCUGCUGGUUACAAUCCUUUUGAAAACCCAUCGGGAUAUCCAUCGGAUUAUGGAACUCAUGACCCGUACCUUACAGCUGAACAAUACCAUCAUCUUUACCCUUCUUCUUACCCUCCAGGUUAUCCAACUGGAUACCCAGUGCAGGGUUAUCAAUACCCGCCAUACCAUCAACCACCUCCUAACCAGCAGCAGCAAACUCAGGAAAUCCUGGAAAGGUUAGAUAGGGUUGAGCAUGAGGCAAGCAAAACCAAGAAGCAACAUAGUAGCUUUAUGAAGGGCCUUGCAAACUUUAUUAAAGGCAAGAAGAAGUAG